GUUGACGCCGCGCUGCGUCCAACCCUCCGCACUACAGUUCCCACACACAGCGGCCUGCCUCGGCUCAUGCUGGACAACAUGGCGUCUUCUUGAAACGACGGGGAAACAUAAGUGUUUUUGUUGACAAGUUAUCAAGAUGGCAGGGGACUCCACUGACAAGAAGGAUGCCGACUCCUCAGGGACCAAGGACAGGGAGAGGAAACGCAGCCGCUCACGGGACCGGGACCGCAAGUCCCCCCCCUCACGGAAACGCCAUCGAUCCCGAGAAAGGAACCGCUCUAAAUCUCCAGAAAGGGACCGUCGCAUGAAAGACAAAGACAGAGACAAAGAGCGUGACAGGGAUAAGGACAGAGAGAGGAGUCGUAAGGACAGAGACAAGGAUGGACACCGGCGCGACAAGGACCGCGGCAAGAAGUCCAGAAGUACAUCACCCAGGUCAAAGGAUUCCAGAAUAAAGAGGGAGAAGGAUAUAAAAACAGAAGAAGAGGAAGAUGAUAAGAAGAAGAAAGAGAAGGUCCAGCCACUGUCUCUGGAAGAGCUUCUUGCCAAGAAAAAGGCAGAGGAGGAAGCAGAGGCAAAGCCCAAGUUCCUGUCCAAGGCCGAGCGAGAGGCCGAGGCUCUGAAACGGAGGGAACAGCAGACGGAAGAGAGGAAGAGGAUGAUUGAGGAGGAGAGGAAGAAGAGAAGGAUGUUCCAAGAAAUUGGAAGAAAAAUGAUGGAGGACCCACAGGAGAGGGACAGACGGGAGCGGAGGGAACGGAUGGAGCGAGAAAACAACGGAAACGAAGAGGAUGAUGGCCGACAGAAGAUCAGAGAGGAGAAAGAUAAAAGCAAAGAACUCCAGGCCAUCAAAGAGCGUUACCUGGGCGGAAUUAAGAAACGCAGACGAACACGCCACCUGAACGACAGGAAGUUUGUCUUUGAGUGGGACGCUUCUGAAGACACGUCCAUCGACUACAACCCCAUUUACAAAGAAAAGCAUCAGGUCCAGCUGUAUGGACGGGGCUUCAUCGCUGGGAUUGACCUGAAGCAGCAGAAAAGAGAGCAGUCACGUUUCUACGGCGACCUGAUGGAGAAGAGGCGCACGCUGGAGGAGAAGGAGCAGGAGGAGACGAGAUUGAAGAAGGUGCGCAAGAAGGAAGCCAAGCAGCGCUGGGACGACAGACACUGGUCCCAGAAGAAGCUGGAUGAGAUGACAGACAGGGACUGGCGUAUCUUCAGAGAGGACUACAGCAUCACCACCAAGGGAGGAAAGAUCCCGAACCCCAUCAGGAACUGGAAGGAGUACACCCUGCCCCCACACAUCCUGGAGGUCAUCGACAAAUGUGGCUACAAGGAUCCCACACCUAUUCAGAGACAGGCCAUUCCCAUCGGUUUACAGAACCGUGACAUCAUCGGCGUGGCUGAGACGGGUAGCGGUAAAACGGCUGCUUUCCUCAUUCCCCUGCUUGUCUGGAUUACCACCCUCCCAAAAAUUGACAGGAUUGAAGACUCUGACCAGGGUCCGUAUGCUGUCAUCCUGGCUCCAACUCGUGAGUUGGCCCAGCAGAUCGAAGAGGAGACCAUAAAGUUUGGCAAACCACUUGGCAUUCGAACAGUGGCUGUGAUCGGAGGAAUCUCCAGGGAGGACCAGGGCUUCCGUCUUAGGAUGGGCUGUGAGAUUGUGAUCGCCACGCCUGGUCGUCUGAUUGACGUGUUGGAGAACCGCUACCUGGUCCUGGGUCGCUGCACCUACGUGGUCCUCGAUGAGGCCGACCGUAUGAUUGACAUGGGCUUUGAGCCCGACGUCCAGAAGAUUCUGGAAUACAUCCCCGUGACCAAUCAGAAACCAGACACGGACGAGGCAGAGGACCCUGAGAAAAUGAUGAUGAACUUUGAAUCUGGAAAACACAAAUACAGACAGACCGUCAUGUUCACAGCCACCAUGCCUCCAGCUGUGGAAAGGCUGGCCCGGAGCUACUUGAGACGCCCGGCUGUGGUUUACAUCGGCUCUGCCGGCAAACCCCACGAGAGAGUCGAACAGAAGGUCCUGCUCAUGUCAGAGGGAGAGAAGAGGAAGAAGCUGUUGGAGGUGUUGGCGCGCGGCUUCGAGCCUCCCAUUAUUAUCUUUGUCAACCAGAAGAAGGGUUGCGAUGUGCUGGCCAAGUCUCUGGAGAAGAUGGGAUACAAUGCUUGCACACUUCACGGUGGCAAAGGACAGGAGCAGAGAGAGUUUGCGCUUUCCAAUCUGAAGGCGGGAGCCAAAGACAUCCUGGUGGCCACAGACGUGGCUGGUCGAGGUAUUGAUAUCCAGGACGUCUCCAUGGUGCUGAACUACGACAUGGCCAAGAACAUUGAAGACUACAUCCAUCGUAUCGGUCGUACGGGUCGUGCCGGUAAGAGCGGCGUGGCCAUGACCUUCCUCACUAAAGAGGACUCGUCGGUGUUCUACGACCUGAAGCAGGCCAUCCUCGAGAGCCCGGUGUCCACGUGCCCGCCAGAGCUCGCCAACCACCCAGACGCCCAACACAAGCCGGGCACCAUCCUGACCAAGAAGAGACGAGAGGAGACCAUCUUUGCCUGAAAGCUCCACCUGCACACACUAGGUUUCAGACUGUUCCUUCCUGAUAUGCAUACAGCAGUGUGUGUGUUGUUUUACACUCUGUAUUUUGAUGUCUUUGGGCCAGCGGUAGGGCAGUGCUGCGCCUCUCUGGCUUGAGAAGGGCUUGAAUGCUGCCUGGUGUUGAAAUCAGACCACUGGUGCUGAGCUUCUUUAAACAAUAGUCAGACUCAAAGAUGGGGAGCUCUUGUGGCUGUACGGGAAUUUGACUGUUCAGAGAUUUAUAAACAUGGUAUGUGUUUGCUGGUGCUCCUGCGGACAGAAGUGCUGGUCCAGGAUCAGGCAGCAGGACUCUGAAUAUCCUCAUUUGUAAUGAUCAUCACUCUUUCUCUGAAUUGCUUUAGAAAUACCAUCCUUCCAUUGACAGUCACUUAUCAGUGUGUUAAAUACCAGCCAACAUGUGAGUGUAGACAAGUGUUAGUGCUAUGUUGUGAAUUUUAAAUUUUUUUUCAGUUACCAUAUUUUUGAUUUUUUUUUUUUUUUUUCAGUUUGCAAGAGACCAAUACCAUUUUUUUUCCCAGUCAAAUGCUUCACCAGAGUAAAUGGGAAUGUGCUGUUUUAAAUGUCAUUUAUAUGAAAUGAAUACAGCAAACACAACAAA